AUGUCUUCCUCUAGCGAUCCUAGCUUCUCAGCUCUCGACUCCUCCGAUCCUGGCCCCCAGAUGAUGAAUCCUCGGGUAAACCUCGACUCCUCGGUUUAUGUUGUCCCAGCCUUUACUCUCCUGAGCUGUAUAGCAUUUGUGCAGUACGCCAACUUUUGUUUGAGACCUGCUUCAGAGCGCUCACAGCAGUCGUUCCGUCUGGCAACUGUUGGGAUGUCAAUACAUUCGGUCCAAAUUGCCUUGGACAUGUGGUAUAUGUUUUACUCCUUCCGCUCUUACCUUUUCGGCCAGGACACCGUGAUUUUCCUCUACACUUCUCUCGAAGUGUGUUUAGCUGUCGGCGUAGCCGCAACUGUUCAAUACCAUUACUUUUGUCUCACUCAAGCCAUGCCAACGCUUUCUCGAUGGUGGACCAUUGCAAUUGGAUUCUUUGCAAUAGCCAGCUGUGUGGGUGGGUUGGGAACAGGCGCGGAGUUCGAAAAUAUGAGUCAAACACCACCUGGAGCCCCACCCGUAAUCAGCGUUGUGUUCUUGGCCUUUUAUAACAUGUGGUUAAUUGCCACUUGUUUGACGGAUGGUACAAUCAGCAUUGCAAUGAUUUUAGCCGUCCAUCACAAUCGAAGCCCUAUUCGCCAUCAAUCACUGGCAACUACUCUGCACCGGUUGCUAUUUCUGACCGUCAGUACAUUUGGACUGACCUUUAUCGUAGCCCUGCUAUCCCUUUUAGUCCCAGCCUUACCCCACUUGAUACCCGCAAUGUCCAUUCAUGGACAAGAGAUAUGUCGCCUCGCAUCAUUCAUUUUAAACGGCAUCCUCCCCAGAAUUUACCUCAAUUCAUUUUUCUGUAGCCUUCAGUGUGCCCGGGGCACAAAGACGGACAAGGAAAAUAUACCACCAAAGUCUCAUUUCUAG